UUUUUUUUAAGUUAUAUAACGAGUUACGGUAUUUUUCAACGGUUAUAAUAACGGCUAGCGUUGUCUCCGCGUCGGGGGUGUUGGCCUUAACUAGUACAUGCAUGAUCAAGUCUGCGCUGACUUGAUUGGCUCUUCACCGCUCUUUUACUCACUAAGUGGCCUAAUUGGGUACUUAUUUUUCACAGCACAAAGAAAGUCGUUCAGCGAGCUCUUUGUUUUAUUCAAGUCUCAUAAUCUACUGUCAGCGAUGGUUGAUGGCAUUUUCCCGCUAACAUCCUGGAAAUGGGAAGGUAUACCCCUUCCGAAGCUGGAAGAACAACCGGAUGAGCCUCAUCUUCUCUCCUCCAUUGACUUAACUAGUUGGGUUGUAAAUCAAUUGCGCACCAGCCGGUAUAAUGAUGUACGGGACAUAAUCGAGGGCAAAAAGGACCUUGUAAGAUUGAUUGAGCUUAAGGAACGACGGGAAAGGGGUGACAAAGUAACUGCGACCAUUCAAUUGACACGCCAACAGCGGUUCUCUUCUUCAGCAGCUUACCUUGUAACUGAACCGACCAACAAAGAACCCUGCCAGCAAUGUAACAGCCGUUCUUCGUCCGGCCCUUGUGCUUUAUGUAUCGCUGGUGGCCCGGAACUGUUUACUGGCGCCUGUACCAACUGCCAGUACUCGUCUAACGCUUCGAAGUACACUUUCUACGCUAAAAAGUGAAAGAGUCUUGCAGGGAAGAAAAGAGUUGCUAGCUGUUCUAUUGAGGAGGAUGAGGAUGUUCCAUUCGGUUUGACUGAGGAGUUGCUUGCAGAGGCAACGACUGGUGAGCUUAAGCGAAUGUUGAGGUUAUUUGAGGACGAGAUAGCAAGGCGCAAGUGUAUCCCGUUAUCAAAAAGAGUUCGCCGCCGCCUAGACUAAGUCGAUGGAAGGUUAUAGGGAGUUGAAGAUAUAUACAUAUAAAAGUGCGGCGGUCUAAUGAGCCAAUGACCAACAUAAAGUAAAAGUAUCAACGAGGUAUAUUUUCUGAGGUUGCUAUUUUCGUCUUUUUAUAGUGCAUUGUUGGCUGCAAUGCGAACUAAGUACAUGUACCUAGGCGGAGCGGGUGAGUGGGGUUUCAAGUACCUAAACGAUGGACCAACAAUCUUAAACCCUCGCUCAGUUCAAACUGUCCC